CUAAAAUUAAAGCUAGAACUUUUGGCACUAUGGCUAUUCAUGUGAGGGAAUUCCGCAUUAAGUGAUACUCGGUUUGAGUUGAUUAAAACUCUCCAAAGAGUCUUUUUUAUCCGGUGACAGUGUCGUUUUACCUCACUUACUCCACACUUUCCCGCCAAAUUUUCAGUGUCUAUGUCGUUUUAAAACCCUAGAGUUCGUCUUUCGCUCUUCAGGACCGUCCAGAGCAUAAUCGGAGUUCCGAUGACCUCGAUUGUCACUUCCAGAGACGUUCAGGAGAUAGUUUCAAAGCUCUCGUCUGAUAAAGCCAAAGCUCGAGAAGAAGGGAUAAAGUUGUUGAACACAUGGUUGGAAGGAGAAAGAUCAAUAGCUUUUUGCAAAUUUCUUGGACAGCACACAGCGAAGCUUCAACCAAAUGAAAUUCCACAUUCUGAAACAUGGCCUUUUUUGAUAUCUUUGCUUAUGCAAUGUGUUUCAUUGGAGCUAUCGUCGAGCAAACGAAGAUUGCCAAAGUUGCAAUUUGCAAAGACUCUCCGAAUUGUGGUGCAACGAUCACACGAUUCUAAGUUCUCUGGCAAGAUGGCACCUUUGCUACCUGUGGUUAAAUCGCUUUUUAAUCACAUAUGGGAUGUCUUGAGCAAUGUCCCAAGCUUUCAAUCAGAAUACGAGAGUAUUCUCCGACAUCUUUUGGCCAUAAAAGAUUAUCGUUUUCACAUGAGGAAGCGCAUCUAUUCCUGUCUUGUGCUUCUGUACAUGGAAAAGGUGGAAUCAAGCUUGGGUGGGAAAAAUGAUAAUCAAUAUAAUCCCAGGGAGGAGAUCUUUCGCUGCAUCCUUACCCUCCAAUCGAUUCUGGAGAAUCCUCCAGGAGAUUUACCAAACAGUCUAAGAGAAGACAUUGUUAAGGGGUUUGUAGGGAUUUUCUCUCAUAUAAGGGAUGAGGACAAGCUUUCACGCAAACUUAUUGAGUGUGUUAAUAAAUACUUGUUGAAGGAUGGUCCUAAUUUGGGAGGCCAUUCCAUGGAGAUCCAUAGUGCUGUACAGCAAUUUGUGUUUCGUUGUUGGCUGACAACACAUGACCGAGCUCUUAAGGAUGCACUUAUAUUAUAUGCAAGGUUACAGCUAAAUUUUACUAGAGAUGCUGCUGAUAGUAGUCUUCUGGUAGAACAACUUCUCGAUAUAGUUUGUAAGGAACUAGAUCAGAGCUUCUUAUCUAGUUGCAGUGUGCCCUGGGCUGAGGCAAUUAAAGAUGAUAGAUUUGGAGCUUUAAGUAGGUCACAGUAUGGUCUUGUUGACCUUGCAGCUGCUUUAUUCUAUCGGGCUUGUGUUAACAGAGGUAAACCAUCAUCAUCUGAGAAGCGGGUGAAGAGAGAGCAUGCUGAUGCACGUUUAAGAGAAGAGCUCAAAAAAGGGAAGUGGCUAUGGAAUGCUGCUUUUUGUUGUCUCACUCACAACUACAAAAGGCGCAUGAGUAAAGAUCUCUUUAUCUACUGGUUUGAGGGUAUCAUUGCAAGCUUUGAAAGAAUUAUGAAUGAUGCAAAUAUGGGGCACAGUUAUGAUGGUUUGUUGUGGACUCUGAGGAGUUUGCAAGAACUCUCUUUUGUGUUACUGCUACCAGAUUCAGAGGUUGCAAUUUCAUCUAGUUCUUCCUCUUUAAAUGAGUAUAACAGCAGUUGGCGACUACUAUGGAGCUCUUUGAUGCAUGGUUUGCCAAUAUUCAGUAAUGUAAAUGCAGUUGUUGAUGCUGCUCUUAUACUCCUUGGUAACAUGAUUUCAAGGGAUCUUAUAAAUAUGUUGGUUGUACCCCAAGAUGUCUGGGACCUCAGGUUAUUCAAACGAAUUCCAUCAAUGUCAGCUUUGUACUUCAUUUCAUGCUACUUCACAAGGAAAUGCUCCCAAGGGGAUUCCCGAGACAUUUUGCAUCUUAGAAAAGGCCUCCUGAAAGCAGUUUUGGGUCAUCUUGAGUGGCAGGAAUCUUCCAUUUUAAAUGAGCACAUGGUUGUGCUGUUGCCUGGAGCUGUUUAUGCUCUUUCUGCUGGUUGUGCCCCUUUUCUAAAAUGCUACAGUGGACUUUCCAUAUUCAAUGCUUCCGAAGAUGUUAAUAAGGCUAUGCCUAUGGAUGACUGGGUUAAGACGGAAGAACUUGAGCAGGACUCGAUGCACGAACUUUUUGAAUGCUCCAUUGAUGUACUUGCGAAUAUUGAUCAGGUUUCCUCUGUUAAGGUUUCUUCAUUUCCAAAUGAUCGAAGUGUGCAUCUUCCUCGCUUGUUGAGGGACUCACUGCUUCUUGAAAUGGAGAACUUUGCUCUUGGAUAUCUAGUAGACAAGGAUAUCAAAACUAGGCCUCUUUCUGAUGUAUUGUUUCUAUGUGCUCUAUUAUCAAAUUUCAUCUAUGGUUCCUACUUUGUGAGGAAAGGAGAGGGAGUCUCGUCGUUCCCCUCUAAAUUGGGCCAGUGCUUAUUAGAAUUGUUGGAUCAUGCUGUUGAUGUAAUUCAGGGAAUCCCAAAUGAUCUUUCUUCUGGCUGCUCAAGCUAUGACUUCAUUGUUGGCGAUCACACUCUUGUUGCUUCAUUUAGGAGUUUCGUUUCUUCUUCUCUGUUUGUUGAGCAGAGAGAUUGUAACUCUUCAGAUAUUGUGCUGUAUAAUGCGGUUAUACAAUCUAUGGGGAGGCUUCUUAAAUCCCUUACUAAAGUAUAUGAGGAAUAUUGUAAGAGUUUAACAAGUCUUCAGUCUGAAAGGUUCCUGCAAGACUUGACUGCUUCUGUAAUUCCUGUUCAGGAUAUUUCCCCGUUUGAUUGUAAUAAAAGCAGGAUUUUGGACCUAGAAUUGGAUGUGAGUGUUGAUUCUGGAGAUGUAGAGGUUUUAGCUGGUGGUGGGAAAAUUGGCACUGGUGUCUCUUCUGUUGAGAAAUGGAAGUUGGACAUGGUAUCUCUUAUUUCAGGAUUUUUCUCUGUUCCAGUUAUUGUUACAUGGGAUACUCUGUUUAGACUAAUGGAAAAAGAAUGUGAUUUAAAGGUGCGUGAAACAAUUCUUUACAACCUUUGUCAGCAUCCUUACUGGUCAUCUCCUUCAAAUAUUUCAGAUUUGGUCAAUGUUAUGGAUGACAUGGUUAUGGUGCACUCCAGUCUUAAGCUUGAUUGCGUUAGCACGUUAGCUGCAAUACGUGCUUUGGUUGGAACUUUACUUUCAUUGGAAGAUAUUUGGAAUGAAAAAUUAGGUUGUUCUUUGAAGGAUAAGACAUCUGAGCAGAGCAUGAUGCAUCUUGGAGCUCUGGUAAAUAAAAUUUCAGAGUUUGAUCAUCUGGAGUGGUCUGGACGUGUUAAGCUGAUUGACUGCAUAUGUGAUUUUGUUGUACUCAGUCCCCAAAUUGGCCAGGCAAUGGUUGAACGGUUGCUAAUGAUGCUCCGAGAUACUGAUUAUCGCGUUAGGUUUUCUGUUGCUGGACAGAUUGGUGUUCUUUUCCAAACUUGGGAAGGUCAUGAAGAGUUAUUCCAAGAUAUCUGUUCCAACUUUGGCAUUUCAUUGGUGGUUUCCUCAAAAGAAAAACUUGUUACUGCUGCUGAGGUCUUAGCAGCAGGUCCACAGCCUCGUCCUACAAUGGAAACUGUUAUCAUUACACUCAUGAACCUUGCAUUGAAUAGUGAGAAAAUAGAACGGCAGGCUGUAUUUAUGAUGUGUGUGAUUUCUGCUAUUGAUCCUUGUCUGAGGGGAUUGGUUUUUGUGGUACUUGACAAUCUUUCCAGAAAGCUUCAGUAUGCAACUAGGUUUAAGUACUUGGAAGAGCUCAUAGGAUCAAUUCUCUUUUGUUGGGUUGCUUGUGGUGUGAGCUUAGUGGCACUUGUUGAGAUAAGACAGUUCUUUGUUUCAGUUACGGAACCUAGUUAUUUCAUGCAGUAUUGUUGCAAUUGGCUUCUUCCAGCUCUGGUUCUGCAUGGUGACAAUUCUAAUCUCAACUGGGUUUCUAAGAUAGCUGGUCAACCAUUGUCAAUUCUGGUGAAAGAUCACUUCGUGCAGAUCUUUUCAAUUUGUAUGGGAUUCCAUUGCAGUAAGGCAUGUGGGGAAAAAGGAUCGGUUGUGCUUCAGCAUUCAAUUUUGCAUCUUGCACAAAUAUCUGAGAGUGGACGAGAUACACUCAUAAAGAAAUAUAUGGUAUCCAUCGUCAGCCAUAUCCUAUCCCUUGCAUCAAGUGCUUCUGAACCUGCUAUCCCAUUCUUUUCUCUGGAUAUAGUUGAACAAGCAAUUCGAACUGUUGUUGAUGGUUUCUUGGAGAUGGACGAUUAUCCUACAAGAGCUGGUGUUAUGGACAAGAUUAACAUUUUUCGUGGGGAUAGAGUUUUCAUGUUUAUACUAGAGCUGCACUAUAAAAUUACUGCAGCAGUGCAUUAUAGGCAUAAAUGUCAUCGAUUGGCAAGCAUUCAGGUGCUUAUAGAUAUACUUGGAAAUAGAGUUGCUUCAUCAAGCACUUUCAAUUAUCUUUUAAAUUUGAUUGGGCAAUUCAUUGGCUGUGAUGCCUUACAAGAUCAGUGCUUUCACAUCAUUUCCGCAUUGCUAAAUACAAUCAAACAUAACCCAUCCAAAGAAAUGAUGACUGUGUUGGGCGAGCAACUUCAGUUUUUAGUCUCAAAGUUGGUGGCUUGUUGCAUUCCCUCUAAAGCUAAUGGAGAGCAAUCUGGCACUAAAUCAUCUCAAGUUUUACCUCUGCUCCUUCAGCUGACUGUGGAUUCUGAUCCAUCUCUUUAUGAUUACAUCAGUGAAUUGGAACCGUUUCCUGAAGUAGAUAUCUUUGAUAAGGUUAGAAGGUUCCAUAAGGAAAUAAGCCAAAACUACUCUCCAAAAGAUCACAUGUUGAAGUUGGUGAAGAGAUCUUGCCAACUUCCACCAAGAUUACUUUUGUCAAGUCUUCAAGCACUGCACAAGAAGUUACUUUCUGAGGACUCUUUUCCAUGUGAAAAGAACACAGAAGAUCUCAUGAAAGGUGGACGGUGGCAUUUUGACAAUGAAAUUGUAUAUGCUAUCUGGACACUAGUGCGCAUUUGUGGCUCAGAUGAUGGAAGUACUGCUGGAGCAUUGGUGUCUGAUUUUAUUUCUAGGGCUGGUAUUGGUGACCCAUAUUCUGUUGUCUUCCAUCUACCUGGAAGCUAUGGGGAGCUUCAUUCCUGCAAAACUACUAGUAAUCAUAACUUUUCUCCAGAAGUUGGUUUGCAUAUGGAUACUGCCAUGUCUGAAGGUCUCAUGGUUGCACUUUUAAAACUUUUAAAGAAGUAUCUGAUGGAUGAUUCUGUUAAAAUAGUAGAUACUGCAUCUCAAGCUCUUCGGGGAAUUCUUUCUACUGAAAGGGGUCAGAGAACUCUGCAGUCAUUUGAUAAUUACGAGAGAUCUCUUGUUGAGGUCCAUUCUAAGGGUAUAAGUUUUGAGAUGGUAGAGAAGUGCCUUUCAGAUUUAGAAAGGAAAUUUGAAGCGGAAGCAAUUUCAUUGGGUACUUCAACUUUAUGGGUGACACAUGGUAAAACAUUUGAGACAUGGAUUUGUCCGCUUGCCCAUUUGCUUUGUGGCUAUUGCACAGAUGUAAUUCUAAGAUUAUGCCAGGAGAUUGUGUUUUUGAAAGUUGAAGUUGCAGAGCUUCUAUUACCAAGUAUUUUUGUAAAUCUAGCUGGGAGGAGAGACUUAGAUAUUGAUCUUCAACAAUUGAUAUCCUUGCAGGUUCAAGAAUAUAUUUUUACGGAGUCUAAUAAAUUAAUGAAAUCAAUUCAAGUCUUGCUGAAUGCCUUGAAUGAACUUCGAUUAUGUUAUGUCACGGAUAGAUCUUAUUGUGUACAAUCCAAGCAAGGAAAUACUAAGACUUCUAGUAAUGGCUCUAAAUCACGUUCCACUUCUGGAAAGGCUACAAUGUCUUUGUCGACUUCUUUAUGGAAGAAGGUGUAUUGGCUUUCUAUUGAUUAUCUUGCAGUUGCAAAGUCCGCAGUUAUUUGUGGCUCCUACUUCACUUCAGUGAUGUAUGUGGAGCAUUGGUGUGAGGAGAAUUUCAGGAGCCUAACACUGGGCAGCCCAGAUUUUUCUGACAUUGAAAUGUUACCUCAACAUAUUGAGAUACUUGUCUCAGCAGUCACUCAUAUCAAUGAACCUGACAGCUUAUAUGGGAUCAUUCAGUCCCACAAGCUGACCUCUCAAAUAACUACUUUUGAGCAUGAGGGAAAUUGGGGAAAGGCUCUUGAAUCUUAUGACCUACAAGUGCGUUCAGCUACAACUGGUUCUAAAAAGUCACUACUAGAACAGACUUUUCCAACAGAGAAUCCAGCAACUUCUGCAUUGGAAGAUCGGAUGAGAAAGCCUUAUAAGGGUCUUAUUAGGUCUUUGCAACAAAUUGGUUGUAUGCACAUGCUGGAUUUGUAUUGCCAAGGGCUGACUUCAAGGCAUGGUCAUUUUCAGCAUGAUCUGGAGUUUACUGAAUUACAGUAUGAGGCUGCUUGGCGUGCUGGAAACUGGAAUUUUUCCUUGCUUUACAUGGGAGAUAAUUCACAGAGUGAGCAAACUAAAAGUGGCCAUUUCAAUGAAAAUCUGCACAGCUGUUUGUCAGCAUUGCAAGAGGGAGGUUCUAAUGAUUUCCAUAGAAAGCUAAAAGAAUCAAAGCAGGAACUCGUGUGGUCUGUUUCUCAUGCAAGUGAGGAGAGCACUGAACACAUCUUCUCAUCAGUUAUUAAACUUCAGAUUCUUUAUCAUCUUGGUAUUGCUUGGGAUUUACGAUGGAGAGAAUCUCUUUCUGAAGGAUUAAAAUUCUCUUCAGAAAAGCAAAAAGUGAUUUCAGAACCUGUAAUUCCAACUGUGGAUCAGUUGUCGUGGCUGAACAGAGAUUGGAGCUCCAUUUUGGAACAAGCACACCUACAUAUGAAUUUGAUAGAACCGUUUAUAGCAUUCAGACGAGUUCUACUUCAGAUCUUAGGCUGUAAAGAUUCUACAAUGCAACAUCUUUUGCAAUCGGCAUCUACUCUUCGUAAGGGUUCUAGAUUUUCUCAAGCCACUGCAUUCUUGCAUGAGCACAAGCUCCUCAGCGUGGAAUCACGAGAGCAAUAUUCAACCUUCUAUUGGCUUGGAAGGCUUGAAGAAGCAAAGCUUUUGCGCAGUCAAGGACAGCACGAGAUGGCUAUCAGCCUUGCAAAAUAUAUCUCUCAACAUUACCAGUCUAAUGAAGAAUCUUCAGAUGUGUAUCGCUUGGUAGGGAAGUGGUUAGCAGAAACUAGAUCUAGCAGCUCAAGAACUAUUCUAGAGAAGUAUUUAAAACCUGCAGUAUCACUUGCUGAAACUGAGAAGACUACAAACAAGAAGUCUGUAGAAAGACAGGGCCAAACUCGUUUUCAUCUCGCACACUAUGCAGAUGCUCUUUUUAGGAGUUAUGAGGAAAGACUUUCUUCUAGUGAAUGGCAUGCAGCAACCCGUUUAAGAAAGCACAAGACUAGGGAAUUGGAAGCGCUUAUUAAACGGCUGAAAAGUUCAACAAAGGGGGAUAAGACAGACUAUUCCGUGAAAAUACAAGAGUUGCAAAAGCAGCUUGCAAUGGACAAGGAAGAGGCAAAAAAACUGCAGGUUGACAGGGACAAUUUUCUUAGCCUAGCAUUGGAUGGAUAUUCACGUUGUUUGGUCGUCUGUGACAAAUAUGAUGUAAAAGUGAUAUUUCGACUGGUUUCCCUGUGGUUCACUCUAUCAGAUAGACAAGAUAUCAUAAAUAGCAUGCUUAGCACAAGUAAUGAGGUUCAGUCGUACAAGUUUAUACCAUUAGUAUACCAAAUUGCUUCAAGAAUGGGUAGCUCAAGGGAUAGCUCUGGGCCUCAGACUUUCCAGUUUGCUUUGGUUUCUCUUUUGAAGAAAAUGGCCAUUAAUCAUCCAUACCAUACAAUCUUUCAGCUUCUAGCACUUGCCAAUGGUGAUCGUAUUAAGGACAAGCAACGCAGUAGAAACUCAUUUGUGGUGGAUAUGGAUAAAAAACUUGCGGCAGAGAAGCUUCUAGAAGAGCUGUCAACAUAUCAUAGAUCUACUAUCAGACAAAUGAAACAAAUGGUGGAGAUCUAUAUCAAACUAGCCGAACUUGAAACAAGAAGAGAGGAUACAAAUAGAAGGAUUAUGCUACCUAGAGAUCUACGUAAUCUCAAACCAUUGGAACUUGUGCCUGUAGUGACAGCCACCUUUCCCGUUGACCGCAGUUGUCAAUAUCACGAAGGCUCUUUUCCAUUCUUCAGAGGACUGGCUGAUUCAGUUUUGGUAAUGAAUGGUAUAAAUGCUCCAAAGGUGGUUGAGUGUAUGGGUUCUGAUGGGCGUAUGUAUAAGCAACUGGCAAAAUCUGGAAAUGACGACCUAAGACAAGAUGCUGUAAUGGAACAAUUUUUUGGUUUAGUCAACACUUUUUUACAAAAUCAUCGGGACACACGGAAAAGAAGAUUAGGGGUGCGGACAUACAAGGUUGUUCCUUUUACUCCAAGUGCUGGUGUUCUUGAAUGGGUCAAUGGUACUCUUCCUCUUGGUGAAUACCUUAUAGGGAGCAUGAGGACUGGAGGUGCCCAUGGUCGAUAUGGAGUAGGUGACUGGUCAUUUCUCAAAUGUCGGGAACACAUGGCAAAUGCAAAAGACAAGCGCAAGGCUUUUCAGGAAGUUUGUGAGAAAUUCAGGCCUGUCAUGCAUUACUUUUUCUUGGAAAGAUUUUUACAACCAGCUGACUGGUUUGAGAAAAGAAUUGCAUACACACGAAGUGUGGCUGCGAGUUCAAUGGUUGGGUAUAUUGUUGGCCUUGGAGAUCGACAUUCUAUGAAUAUCCUAAUUGAUCAAGCCACGGCAGAAGUUGUUCACAUAGAUCUUGGUGUUGCAUUUGAACAAGGCUUGAUGCUGAAGACUCCAGAGCGGGUUCCUUUCAGGCUGACAAGAGAUAUCAUUGAUGGCAUGGGUGUUAGUGGAGUGGAAGGAGUUUUCAGAAGAUGUUGCGAGGAAACACUCUCUGUUAUGAGGACGAAUAAAGAAGCACUGCUGACCAUUGUUGAAGUUUUUAUACAUGAUCCUCUAUAUAAGUGGGCUUUAUCUCCUUUGAAGGCUUUACAGCGUCAGAAGGAAUCUGAUGAUGAUCUAGAGGCGAGCUUGGAAGGUUCUCAGGAUGAUUACGAAGGGAACAAGGAUGCGGCACGCGCGCUGAUGCGAGUCAAACAGAAAUUAGAUGGAUAUGAAGAAGGUGAAAUGCGAAGUGUACAUGGGCAGGUUCAACAAUUAAUACAAGAUGCUAUUGAUUCUGACCGUUUGUGUCAAAUGUUUCCUGGAUGGGGUUCCUGGCUGUAAAUUUGUCAUAUCUGGCACUUCGUUCAUCUUCUUAGCUUAGCAGCGAUAAUUUUGUAUUGUACAGGCGGCUUUAAGUUUUUUUUCCCAUAAAUUUGUGAGAAAUUGUAUUUUUUUUCCUUCCUAAAUAAUGGGCUCUUAGAAUUUUUUUUGAGGAGAAAUCUAUCUUCUAUAUAAAAAGUAAGCAGAUAAAGGAAAUUUUUAGUUUUAAA